ACUGCGCCUGCGGGGCGACCGCCAACGCGCCCACUCUACGCUUGCGCGGUGCAACAGGGCCGCCUGCAGCUGGAAGAUGGCGGCGUCCAUGGUUUGUCGGGCCGCUACCGCCGGGGCACAAGUGCUAUUGCGCGCCCGCCGCUCGCCGUCCCUGCUGCGGACGCCAGCCUUGCGGAGUACGGCAACCUUCGCUCAGGCGCUCCAAUUCGUGCCGGAGACCCAGGUUAGCCUGCUGGACAACGGCCUGCGUGUGGCCUCCGAGCAGUCCUCUCAGCCCACUUGCACGGUGGGAGUGUGGAUUGAUGUUGGCAGCCGUUUUGAGACUGAGAAGAAUAAUGGGGCAGGCUACUUUUUGGAGCAUCUGGCUUUCAAGGGAACAAAGAAUCGGCCUGGCAGUGCCCUAGAGAAGGAGGUGGAGAGCAUGGGGGCCCAUCUUAAUGCCUAUAGCACCCGGGAGCACACAGCUUACUACAUCAAGGCACUGUCCAAGGAUCUGCCGAAAGUUGUGGAGCUCCUGGGUGACAUUGUGCAGAACUGUAGUCUGGAAGACUCACAGAUUGAGAAGGAACGUGAUGUGAUCCUGCGGGAGAUGCAGGAGAAUGACGCAUCUAUGAGAGAUGUAGUCUUUAACUACCUGCAUGCCACAGCAUUCCAGGGCACACCUCUCGCCCAAGCUGUGGAAGGGCCCAGUGAGAAUGUCAGGAAGCUGUCUCGUGCAGACUUGACCGAGUACCUCAGCACUCAUUACAAGGCCCCUCGAAUGGUGCUGGCAGCAGCUGGAGGAGUGGAGCACCAGCAACUGUUAGACCUCGCCCAGAAGUACCUCGGUGGCAUCCCGUGGACGUACGCAGAGGACGCUGUGCCCACUCUUACUCCAUGCCGCUUCACUGGCAGUGAGAUUCGCCACCGUGACGAUGCUCUACCUUUUGCCCACGUGGCCAUUGCGGUAGAGGGUCCUGGCUGGGCCAGCCCGGACAAUGUGGCCUUGCAAGUGGCCAAUGCCAUCAUCGGCCACUAUGACUGCACUUAUGGUGGUGGCGUGCACCUGUCCAGCCCACUGGCUUCAGGUGCCGUGGCCAGCAAGCUAUGCCAGAGUUUCCAGACCUUCAGCAUCUGCUAUGCAGAGACGGGCUUGCUGGGUGCACACUUUGUCUGUGACCGAAUGAAAAUCGAUGACAUGAUGUUCGUCCUGCAAGGGCAGUGGAUGCGCCUGUGUACCAGUGCCACGGAGAGUGAGGUGGCCCGGGGCAAAAACAUCCUCAGAAAUGCCCUGGUAUCUCAUCUGGAUGGCACUACUCCUGUGUGUGAGGACAUCGGACGCAGCCUCCUGACCUAUGGCCGCCGCAUCCCCCUCGCUGAAUGGGAAAGCCGGAUUGCGGAGGUGGAUGCCAGUGUGGUGCGUGAGAUCUGCUCCAAGUACAUCUAUGACCAGUGCCCAGCAGUGGCUGGAUACGGCAAGUGGCCUACGGGGUCUGCUCUUUGUUUAUUUCCUCAGGCCAUUCUCUUGGCCUCCCCUUCCACCUCUGCUCCCGUGCUGCUGCUCAGCUUACAGAGCAGCCAGUUAAGGCCCCAAGCAGCUCUCCCCAGUCCCCUGGCUGCCAGGGAGUUCUUGCUCAGAAAACCUGUCCCGGCAGUUCCUUGACAGCCUGCCAAGGUGCCUUCAUCAAUACCCUGCAACCAUCAGGUAACGGGCACCUCCAUGUGGGGUGGGGCUUCAAGGGCCAGAACAUGAAGGGACAGGCUCAGCACCCCUGGGGGAAUGUUCUCUUCCCUCUUUCCACUCAAAGCCUGUCUUGUGCUGCUCUGGGCAGCAUCUCUGAGCUGGGUGCGGCACAGGGCCAGGUGUCCCUGGGCAGGCCAGGUACCCCACCCUGACGCUCCACCCUAUCCCCACAGGCCCCAUUGAGCAGCUCCCAGACUACAACCGGAUCCGUAGCGGCAUGUUCUGGCUGCGCUUCUAGGCGGGAAGCCUGUGUAAGCAAGAGGGCGGGACCAGGGUUUGUGGUCCCCCUACCACAAACACAGCACUCCGGCUCCUCUAACCUGUGCCACAGGUGACCAAUAAAAUCCUCUGCUGAGAAA